UCCAGGAAGCAUGACAACCACAACCAAUCCCACACUCGUUUACUCCCCAAAACCUUCAAUUGGGUUCAAAAAGAUUCAAUUUUACAAUUGCUCGAACCCCUUUAGAUCGUUGUGCUCAUCAAGGCCUGCUUCAUUCGCCGUCAAAUGCACCGUUAAUGAUAAUGCUAGUAUUGGUAGCUCGGGCCAGAGGAAUAAUGGCGGUGAAUUGAAGAAUUUGCUGUCAGGUGUAGUGGACGAAACGGUGGAAGAAUUGCUAAACAGAGAAGAAAACAGGGCUUUGUUAGAUGGGUUGGAUAAAGCUACACAGAGAGUUGAAUUGGCCAAGAGAGAACUUGCUCAGAUCGAAAAACAAGAAAUUGAAAGCAAAAAGAUGAAACAAUAUAUCAAUCAGCUCGAAACUAGAGCAGCCGAGAUUGAGGAAUGCCAGAAGGAAUUAUCAGAAGCAAGAGCACUGGUUGAAGAAGCAGAGCGCUCUCUUGAUGUUGGAGUUGGAGAUAGAGAUGCAACUAUGACAGAAACAGAAAGAGAAGCAAUGUACAAAAACAAAGAGAGGUUUGAAUCUGUAAAAGCUGCUUCAGUUUCUGCCAUUGUUGGCACCUUGGCAAGCUUGCCCAUUUCCUUAUCUCAGGUGACCGAAACUUCCCAGCUAAUACUCCCUUCAGUAAUCACUCUCAUCAGCUGUGCAUUAUUUGGUGUGACCUUCCGGUAUGCUGUUCGUCGUGACUUUGACAACUUUCAGCUCAAGACUGGAACUUCUGCAGCUUUUGGCUUUGUCAAAGGGCUUGCUACAUUAGGAGGAGGACCGCCUAUGGAGUUGGAAGUUGGUAGCGUAUUGUCGCAUGCUUUUAGUGGUGCAGUUUUUAUAUCAGAGAAUCUUCUAAUCUUUCUGUUUGCUACUGUCGGUUUGGAUUUCUGCAUUAAACUGGGGAUUUUAAGUCCAUUUCCAAUUGAAACAUCAGUUUCAAAAACAAAAGUGGAUUGAAGCAUCUGUUGUACCAUAAACAAUAUUGUGUUAAUUCUAGGUUGAAUUUUGUAUAUACAACAGUGGUCGUGAAACCCUUCUUUUGGUUUUGCCGAUCCUUCCAGCGUUGGUUCUUGGUUUAUACAAUUUCUUCCAUUAUUUUUUUUGGAUGUC